AUGACUUGCAGACAACAGAGAGCUGGAAAAGAAGGGCCUCGCUUGCUGCAGCGAAUUUUCUUUGUGCAGGUGGUGGACGUGUCCAAAUUCGGCCUCAUCUAUGCUGGAGCUCAGAAGAACAUCGGCAUAGCGGGUGUGACGAUCGUCAUCGUCCGAAAGGACCUGGUGGGCAAUGCUCGUGAAGGCACGCCCACCAUGCUGGACUACAAAACCAUGGCGGACUCCAACUCCCUCUACAACACUCCGCCCUGCUUCGGGAUCUACAUGUGCGGCCUCGUCUUCAAACACCUGUUGGACCAGGGGGGCCUGGCAGCUGUGCAGGAGGCCAACAGGGCCAAGGCAAAGGUUCUGUAUGACGCGAUCGAAGCCUCUGAGGGCUUCUUCCAGAACCCUGUGGAGGUCUCAGCUAGGUCAGCAAUGAACGUGCCGUUCACGAUCCCAGCCAACCCUGAGCUGGAGGGCCCGUUCAUGCAGGAGGCUGCAGAAAGGGGGCUGGUCACACUGAAGGGGCACAGGUCGGUUGGGGGCAUGCGGGCGUCGAUCUACAAUGCGAUGCCAGUGGAGGGGAUUGUCAGCUUGGUUGAACUGAUGGAGGACUUCGCAAAACGACAUUCUUGA